ACAUCUUUAUUUAUAAUUAUGAUUAGAUUAAUUUUGAUAAUUACGAUUUUUUGUAUACUUGGUAGGCUAUAGGCAUGGUAUUAUAUAUUUUUGUAUCUCAUUACGCGAAUAACCCAAGACAUAUUCGUUCUAAAGAUUGUUUUUAUCUCUCCAAGGAUCUCUAUGUCGUCUCACACGGAGCCGCGUAGGCCUACCUCCCCCUGGGGGAGAUUCCUCGAGGUUCUCCCCGGACGCGGGCGUCCCUCCAAGCCGAGGUCGCAGUCUCUGAAUAUGGUGGUCUCCCGAGGAGAAGAAGCUUCUUUCGAGGAGCACUUGGAGAGUCGGCGUCUGUCGGAAGCCGUGGGGCAGCUCAUCGCCCGAGAGGAGGGUCUGUACGGAGGGGCGGCGCAGGAGAGAGGAGCGGUCCAGACGGCGCGUCUCGCUGCGGACCGGACAGUCUUCACCGGCCAACUGAGGCAGGCCUUGAGCCGCUCUUUUAGCUCCGAGGCGGAAGACGUCGAGGUGCUGAGGUCUGCAGUGGACGCCAUCCGCAAGGACGAGGAGCAGGACCGGAGGUGGCAGGCGACGGGUCGGGUUCCACCGGACUGGAGGCCCGGUGGCUUUUGGGCGCUCCACGACGAGGCGCUGGCGGACUUAGUGGAGGAACGGGUGAACGGAGCUUCGUCGCCCGGAGACGGACAGGGUCUGUCCUCCAUCCAGCGAGAGAUCCUCGAAGUCGGCCGGCAGCUGAAGGAGGACAUGGGUCGGGUGGUCCGGGUGGUUAAGGACUGUUACCCCGCGGAGGUGGACAUCUGUAACCUCUACGGCCGGCUGUACCACCGUGCGUUCAGCUCAAGGCUGUCGAUGAUCGCGGAGUUCGGACUGGUAGACGAGGACUGCAGUGUCCUCCUCCGCUGGGUCAAUAGCCACUACCCCAGCAUCCUGAGAGAUGAGGUUCUGAGGGGUGAAGUGGACUCGGAUAGGCUGGGUCCCCUGCUGCCCCAAGACCUCUACACACCCCUGGAGGCGCAGUUCCUCUCCACUACACAGGAGAAGCUUCGGAGGAGCUUGGAUCUCUUCCUGAAGGCGGAGGAGGCCUUGUGGAGUGGAGGAGCUCCACCCACGGCUACAGAUGGCUGCCCCUCCAGCCCGCUGGCCAUAGAUGUACUCCAGUGUCUUAACGGAGCAGUAGUGGAAACAAAGUGCAUCCUGGGAGAUGAACGCAAAGCCCAGCUGGUCGCGUGUGUGCUUGUUGAAUUCCUAGACAGUUUGAAGAGCUUCCUCUCCAACGUGAUGGGCAGCUCGGCAGGAAACAGCAGACAGCUCCUCCUGGCACACCUCCUCGUCCUCCAGCAGUUCAGGGACUACGUUGUGAAGAAGGCUCAUCUGUUCCCAGAUGAUGUGAAGGAACGCUGCCUACACACACUGAGCUCUGUGAAGGAAUCCACUCACACAUGGCUACUGAGCCCCACCCUGAAGUCUCUGAAGGUAUGUCCCCCUCCAGGGAUUGACCUAACACUAACCCUUCCAUACGAGGGAUGGACCUAACACUAACCCUUCCAUACGAGGGAUUGACCUAACACUAAUCUCUCCCUAAGAGGGAUAGACCAAACACUCUCCCUUCCCUAAGAGGGCUUGACCUAACACUAACUCUUCCCGACAAGGGAUAGACCUAAAACUAACCCUUCCCUACGGGAUGUCUAUAUUUUUAAUGAAACUACAAAGCCUGCUAAACCUGUACUAGACCUCACUCGGAUAACUAGAUGUACACGAUGUAACCGUUGACUAUCAGCCUUCACACGCUGAGAUCUGGGAUGGGGAUGAAGGCUUCUGUGUUC